CUCUUUUUUUUAAUCUUUCUUUUUCCAUUUCCAUUUCUAAUAUCUCCUUCUGUUUUCUACUCUGUUAACAUCAGAAUCACAUUCUUUCUUCAUUUCUGAUGGAGAACCCUAACAACAACGGAGAGAAACCUGACGGACUGGAAAUAAUCUCAAUUGGGACACUCUACAAAGGGCCUUGGGACAAGAAGUACUGGAGCAGCUCUAGGGGUAAAGACCGCUAUCCUUAUCCAGUUGGUUACCAUGCCAUUUGGACUCACGGUGGGAGUACAUACAAUAUGGAAAUUCAAGAAGGUCCUAAAGGGCCCUUGUUUGUGAUCACUUCUGCAGAUGGACAAUCAUGUUCUGGACAGACUCCAGGUAUUGCUUGGGAUCACUUUCAGAAGCAAAGUGGCCCACGAAUAAAGAUGUGGCAUGCAAAGAGAUUUUCGGGCAAAAUAGAUGGUGUAGAACUUUUUGGGUUUAGAAAUCCAUUUGUCCAGCGAUUGCUCCGAGAGCUUGUGGCAGAUGUCAAUGGAAUGGCAGAACCGAGUUUGUUUUCCCCCAAUUUCUGCAAUGGAGCUACUGCACUAGUGUGUGAAACAAGAUCACCAAAUUCAUGUACAUACCCUGACCUGCUGCCAUACUUUGAUGAGCCACAGACUACUGAAGAGAGAAGUAGGAAACAGAAAGUUAAGGCUGUGGAUAUGAUCGGUGAGGUUAGCCCUAAAAAACUCCGGCCUGAAGACCUCUCAAACAAUGUUGAUGCUGCACUUCCUAGACAAGAUCCAGGAGCAUUGCCAGUGCCAGAGGACCUUGAAACUACAGUGAAAGUCAUAACUCCCCUUGAGCAGAGCAGGCUUGAUAGUCCUGAUCAUUGCAGGUUCACCCAUGUGGUUGAUGAGUUUUCCAAAGAGGAGAAACUUCUUGGUAGGUUACCAGAUGCUGAUAUACAAGAAUGUGGUGCUUCAGCAGCUAAUGAUGAAGAGAUCUUUGUGGAGGAGUCGGAAAUUAUUAAGGAUUUGGAUCUUUGUGCCCCUGACACUUUGGAUCUUCAAGAGAUGUAUGAGCAAAGUCCUUGCCAUUCCAAAGAUGAGCUAAUUGUGGCAGAAACAGUUGUUUCUGAAGGGAUAGUAAUAGAAUCACACCCAGAAGAAGAAAUGGGUAUAUCUUCUACUGCAAGCUCUGAUAAGGGUGAUUUUGAUUCAGUUGGACAAGAUGUAGCCAAAUCAAUGAUGACAGUCCUGCUACCACAAGCUCUUCCUUUACUCAAGAAGACCUCAAGGAGGGAACGAACCACUCUUUGUGGUAUGGGUUCCACUGAAACUGAUCYUACUGCAAAUUUAAUUGCGUUGAAAUCUCAUGAGGAAAACAGUGGUGUUUACCACCUUUCCAACAUAUUACCAGGUAAGCUUGAAGCUGAAAUUCCUGUUGAAAGUUCCAAUUUGGAUACUGAGGAAAAUGUGCACAUUAGUGAACCUCUAUGUCCAGAUAUCAAAAAUUCUGAAGACAUUAAGUCUAUCAUACAAGACAGUUUUGAGGAUGAUCAGUGUGAUUUUUCGGUGAACGAGAAUAGAUCAAUGUGUUCUGAUUUUGUUGAAGCUGAUCAAGCACCUUUGUCUAAGGACAAAUGUGAUCCUCAUACUUUGGAAUUGUUUCAAAGUCUUGAUGGGAAAAUUUCUUUAAUAUGUCAUUUUGGAGACUGUAGCAACAAGGAAACAUUCUGUCAUGAUAAAGUAUCCAUGACCCAUGAAAGAUUGGAGAAGGGUGAGGUUCUCCCAUUUGGUCCCCCUUUAGGGUACAUAUCUCCCAACAAGCCAAUCUUUGUUGAAGAAUCUAAGGUUGCUUCAAUGAAUUUGAAUAGUUCUUUACAUACUGAAAUUCAUUGCAAGAUGGAUGGUUGUAUAGAGGAUCUUGAAAUUGCAUCUAUACGUAUUGAAGGGCCUCCUGUCUUAAAGCUGGCCUUUUCCAAGUAUAAUGAUGGUCAGUCUCCCCAUGCUGAAAAUACAUCAAAAACUGAUGUAGCAAAUUCAAAUCCAACCAAUGAACCAUCAAAUGUUCUUAGCUUCCGGAAUAAUGAAACUGCACUUGAUCCUAAAUUGAUUGCUUUGUCUUCAGAAGCAACACUCCUUGAACAAGUUUUUUCAUCUUCUGGUUCUACCAAGAAUUUGGAAACUGUGAAUGGUCAACAUUCUGAAACUAAAAUUAUCCAAUAUCAUCGCAGACACUGCUCUAAAGCUUCAAAAUUUCAAAAUAAUAACAUUCAUUUAGAUAAGGCCGUUUAUAAUGCCCAUGAAAAUGAAUAUAAUCCUGACAGCUGUGAGUUAUCCAAUAUGACAAGUAUAAGAAAUGCUAACUUAGAUGGCAAGUUAAGCUCUGUGCAUGUUUUCAAGAGGGAAGUUGAUGACAUAAUGGGGUCUACUGCAACAAGUUGUGCCUCCAUUCAGAUACCUGGUGUAGUACCUUCAAUUCGAGGAUACAAUGGUCCUCUCUCAGAAAGUAUAAUUUGUAGGACUGUCAGAGAUGGUUUGGUUCCUUUGACAAGUCCUGCCACAAUGAAUUUGUGUGCUACAGAAACUGGCCAAGUUGGUGCUCCAGAAGAAGGCCCAAAUAAAAAAGUGUCGGUAGUCAGUGAAAUUAUACUUGACAGACAAGAUAGUCAAUUACACAGCAAAAAUGCUGUUGGUGAACCCAAAAGCAUAUUGUUCAAUGUUACACCCACUGUAUCCCAAAAUCAAGCAGUUGCUGCUCAUGCUGCUAAGGGUGAUGAUACCUCAAGCUUUCUUGAUCCUCCUGUUGCACACGCAGAAAAAUGUGAAAUUGUUAAUCAGAUGGUUGGACCAUGCAACCUUAUAGAGUGCAGUAAUUCCGUGUUACGGUUACAGGAAGAGGAAAGCUCCAUUGGUAACAUCAGAUGCAUUUUUAAGGAUAUUCCAGAUCCUCUCACGAAGCCUAGCAAUUAUCAAGACUGCAAUAAUGUGCUUUCUAAUUGUGAGUUACAACAGAAAUAUCUGUUCAAGGACAAUUGCUUUGAAUUGGAGACAGAACCUGAUAAUGAAUCAAGGGGCUUUGUUGAGCUUGUAGGACGCUAUGUACACCCUGCCCCAGUUCUGUCUGUAGCUUUGAGCACAAAAGGAUAUGCUAUUCAUAUUUGUGUUUUAUGUGGCAUUCUGUUGGAUGAGGAUAGAACACUUUUUAUCUACAAGAUUUCAACCAAGGAGCAAGGUGGAGGUUGUCCUUCUUUAGUGGCUUACUCUUCAAUCAUGUUUCCAGUUAUUAAAGACAGAUUUGGUAGAGAAAUUUCGUUUGAAAGACAAGGAUUUCAGUUCACUCCUGAUGGGGACUGCCUUGUUUGUCUUAACAGUAUCAAGGCACCUUCUUGCAGGGAUCAGAGCAUUCAUUGUUUGUGUUCUGCUUGUACAUCAAAUUCCUUUGAGGAGAAUGCUGUUAAAGUUGUACGUGUACAAAUUGGUUAUUUUUCAGUCGUGACCAAGUUGAAAACAAUUGAGAGGGUCCGAAGUUUACUGGUUUGUGAACCAAAUCAUCUUGUUGCUGUUGAAGAGAGUGGAAGAUUGGAUGUUUGGGUCAUGAAUUCAACAUGGAGUGCACAGGUAGAAGAGUUUGUUUUACAAAGCUUUGAUUGCAUAUUUCCUUGCUUGAUGGAGUUGAAAAGAAUUCCAAACUGUUCUACUCUGAUUAUUGGUCACAAUGGUUUUGGAGACUUUGGUUUGUGGGAUAUCUCUAAACGAAUUUUCUUGUCAAGGUUUUCUGUUCCAAGCAAUUCAAUCUUUGGGUUCCUUCCAGUUGGCUUGUUUAGUUGGCAAAGAAAAGAUACUCUUUCUUCCAGUACUAAUGCAGAACACAUAAAAAAAGUGACUAUGGGGUCAAAAGAGAUGUGGUUUUCGGGGGCUGAUGAAAAUAAUAUAUUUCAUACAUUGGAUGCUGAAGAUAUAGCCAUCUGGCUUCUUGUCACCACUGCUGCUUCUGACCAUCUUCAGAAUCAACCAAAUGAUUGCAAGACUAGUCCAAUUCCGUUGUGGAGGCUGGCUUUGUUGGUGAAAAAUAUAGCAAUCUUAGGAAGUGUACUGGAUCCAAGGGCUUCCACUGCUAAUGUAUCAGUUGGACAUGGGAUUAUUGGUACUCAUGAGGGGCUGGUCUACAUGUGGGAGUUGUCUACAGGAACCAAACUUGCUGAUUUGCAUCAUUUCAAAGGUGGUAGGGUUUCAUGUAUUGCUGCUGAUUCAAAGUCAGGUGUAUUUGCAGUAGCUGGUGAUGAAUGUCAGUUGGUGGUGUAUGUACACUCUCCAAGGGUUUUUUAAGAAUUUCAGAGUCAGAGGCACCUAAAUUGACAAAGCUCAUUUUCUAUUUGGCGAGAUCCCACAUUACUUUACACUGGUUACUAAGCUGGGUGGAAUCUGCAAUUUAUGAUGAGGCCCAGAGUGCCGUCACAGUGAUCCAUGGGCUUGGCACGUUUUAUGGUAAACCACUCAGUGCUUGGCAAAAGCAUGUAAAUUUAACUACCAAUAAAAAAGCAUCUAAAUUAAACCUACAACAAAAUUUUUGGAUCUCAUUCUCAGGUUGUCAAGAUUAAAUGGAUGCAUGUAAAUAGUGGCUAAUAAAUAAUCAUUCUUUUGCAGCGUUUUUGACCAUAAUUUAUUGUUUCUGACUUGAGAUAAUCAAAAAAGGUCCAUAAAAGACAUUGCAGGCAUUUUUCCA